AUGAAGGCCGGCAGGGUGAGGAUGGCUGGUGUGGUAGGUAGAACUGCUGUAUCAGCUAUCUUCGCGUCUGUACUUCACCCUCACUUAACAUCAGGUGGGGUGGAGGCAUUUCUAGCGCGCAAACUUCGAGAGAUGGAACAUGCAAUGUUGGAUAUCUCGCUUGCGAAUCGUAUCCAUAACAAUAUCCUGACAAUCAGGGAGCGUACUAAAAUGUCGAACAUCAUUCUAGUGGUGGCCAGCGACUAUGAGUACAGCCGCGAAGCGAGCGGCUGGCUGAAGUUCCAUCGAGUUCCGGCCACCUUCACUGAUGCAUUCCUGAGAUGUAACGCUGAAGGGUCAACCGUAGCGUCUCCAUCGACUGUAGACCUACGACAAGCUAUGAUGACAAUUGCUAAAACUCAUACUGACUCUAGCGGCAUCUUCACUGGAGUCCACGCUGUUUUCUCCAAAGGAGAUUUCGCAACCGUCGAAGGCGUUCCUCUCCAUAAGCUGCCAGUCACAUGGGCUCCUAACGAACCAGACAACUAUAAGAACAAUGAAGAUUGCACCAUCAUGCUGCAGAACGGGACACUGGCUGAUGUUCGCUGCAACGACACCUAUCCCUACAUUUGCUAUAAGAAGAAGACUGAUGAUAACCCGCUUCUAACGACAUGUGGAACCAUCGACACAGAAUAUGUCCUGGACACUAGCACUGGUAGCUGCUACAAGUUCCACACGGCUGGACACAACUGGAGGCGUGCGUAUAUGACCUGCAUGGCGGAGGGGGGGUACCUGGCUAUCAUAAACAGCGCUGCCGAGGCGCAAAUCAUAGCGACCAUCUUUGCCAAGUACCCGAGCAGCAAAAUCACGGCUGCUCACAAAGAUAUCGCCGCCAUAGGGUUUUACAGCUGGGGAGAACACGGCAACUGGUACACUGUCCAGGGUGAAUCUCUUGAAAAAGCUGGUUAUUCAACGUUCGCAAAUGGCCAGCCAGACAACCAUAAGGCUUACGAAAAUGGUUCACUCUGCGGAGGGGUGUACCGUACAGGCGUUUUGGAUGACGUGUGGUGUAAUAGCGCUUCUUUUCCUUUCAUCUGUGAGAAGAAACCAGGCAGCUUGAUUCCUGAUGAUAAUUAG